AUGACCAGGCAACCCCUCGGAGAGCUUCCCCUGUCGCAAUUUGCGCGUCCUCCCUCGCCCAUCAAGACGCACUCUUCGCCCGCCAAGAUGAGCCUCGCGUCGUCGCCGACCAAACGCGACUCGCUUUCGUCGACGUCGUCGCCCGGACCUUUCAGCAAACAGGCGACGCCCGCUCGACGCCGGCUGUUCGAGGAUGCCGCCGAGGACGCUCUGCCUCUCGAGACGAGCCCCGUCAUUCAGCGCAAGAAGGCGCCGCAAGCUCCGGAAAGCAGCACGAGCAGAAGCAGAAGCAACAGUGCUGGCAAUUUCAAGCCGACGAGAGGAGGACUUCAAGCGGCGUCUAGCGAAUCAAGACGGGGUAGUGCAUCACCUGAGAAGCGCGAAACGCCAGAGUCGAGGUCCAGAAGCGAAAGGACAUCGCGUUCACCUUCCCCCUCGCUCGUGAGAUCUGAGCGGCGUCGCACAGCCGGCGGUCUCCAAAGCUCGCAUCCAUCGACGCCCUCGACGUCUGCUCUUCCCAAGUCAGCCGUUGCAUCCGUGCCUGCGAGCCUGCCCCGUAAAAAGGAACGGGUCCGCCCCGACGAGGCAUCGAGGCGGCUCUUGGACCAGGAUGAAGACCUCCCAGGUGACUCGUCACCCGAAGAGGAGGAAAAGUACGUGCGUGCCGGAUCGCCGAGCCCUCGAAAGCUGCAGGAAGGGGACGGCACGAGGCACAGGUCGACGAGCUCAUUUUCGAGCAUCAGCAAUAGCAGCAGCAGUGGCGUCAAUGGCACUAUCACGCUUGGUCUGGGCCUGGGCUUGGGCCUGGGCGACGGAAACCUGGGUGCCAACAACAACCUGGGCAAGUCGAACGAAAGCUGGACCGUGUGGGAGGACAACGCAGAGGGAGGGGAUGGCGUCAUCUCUCACAUUGACUUUUCAACACCGGUCGAAGGGGCCGACGACAAGGAGAAUCUCAAACCUUCACCUUUGAUCGCCGCAGCGAGAAAGAAGGGUACAGGAGGACGGCUGAGCCUGCUCGCCUCGGGAGAAGAAGAGUCAAGCCACGACAGCGCAGCGUUGGGCGCCGUCCACAACAAUGCCGCUUCUCCAUGA